AAAGUAGAAUACUGUUUUUAAGUAAUAAUAAGUAAACGUUAUUUUAACUAUUGAUGAAUUCUUAAUAUUAUGUGUAUGUCGUGUUAGACUGUUCAUCUAAUGAAGUUGAGGUUAUAUUACUUAACAUGAGCGAAAAACAAAAAGUGUUAAUUUGCGGGGAUGUGGAGGGUCAAUUUAAAUUUUUAUUCAACAAAAUUGAAGCUAUUAAUAAGAAAAGUGGACCGUUUGAUUUCUUAUUAUGCGUCGGAAAUUUUUUCGGCGAUAACAAUACAGAACUCGAAGUGUAUAAAAACGGUAUGAAAAAUAUACCUGUCCCCACGUAUAUCAUUGGGGCUAACAGAGAAACUGACUUGAUUAAUUAUCCAGACGUCGAUGGCUGUGAAAUAUGCCAAAAUCUGACUUAUCUUGGAAAACGUGGAUUAUAUACUGCUAGUUCUGGACUUAAGAUAGCUUAUAUCAGUGGAACACAAAGUGACUCUCCAGACACAAAACCUACUUGUUUCAACGAAAAUGAUGUUAUAUCAAUCAAACAAUCUUGUUUGAAAGGUCAGCCCAGUUUUCGUGGAAUCGAUAUACUAAUGAGUUCUCCAUGGCCUGCUGAUAUCACAAAUUUGGACCCUUCCAAACCAAAUUUUAAAUAUCAGGGUUCUAAACUAAUUGCUUGGCUAGCUGGACAAGUAAAACCAAGAUAUCAUGUGUCAGCAUUGGAAGGUAUUCACUACGAAAGACCUCCUUACAGGAAUCAAAGUCUACAAGAUAGUAAUAUUGAAAUUGCAACAAGAUUUAUAGCACUUGCGCCUGUUACGAAUAAUCAAAAGAAAAAAUGGUUAUAUGCAUUGAAUCUGACUCCUGUUGACAGAACUCGUUUAUCCGAACUGGUUAUGAAAACCACAGAUGAAACAGACUUCCCAUAUUCAAAAUUAAUGCUAUCAAAUGAACCAUCAUUAAAGAAGUUGGAACAACCCAAACAUACACAAUAUUUUUAUGACAUGGAGUCUAAGGAGCCAAGCAAAAGGUCUAGAUAUUCAGAAGGUUCUAAUAAAAGACCAAAACGAGAAUUUGAUCAAGCAAAGUGCUGGUUUUGUUUAUCCAGCCCUGAAGUCUCUAGACAUUUAGUAAUAUCAGUUGGUACAGAAAUUUAUGUUGCACUUGCCAGAGGUGGAUUAGUGGAAAAUCAUUUUUUAAUUCUACCAAUAACACAUCAUCAAAGUCUUUCUAUUCUACCUAAAGAGGUAAAUAAGGAAAUGGAGCAGUACAAGAAUGCUAUUAAGGAAUACUAUGCCACUAUGGAUAAAGUACCUGUAUUCUUUGAACGUAAUUUCAAGACAUCUCAUUGUCAGUUGCAAGCUGUACCUGUUCAUAAAAACCAGGCACCAGAUCUAAAGGAAGCGUUUGAAGAAAUGGCAGAGUGUAAUAACUUCAAAUUAACAGAAUUACCACUGCACACGGAUUUGCAACAAAUUGCUAAACCAGGUGUUUUAUACUUUUAUGUAGAAUUGCCAAGUAGAGAAAAAAUGUUCUAUAGAAUAAAGAAAGAUUUCCCACUACAAUUUGGUAGAGAAGUGUUAGCUUCUGAUAGGAUAUUGGAUCUUAACGAUCGAGUUGAUUGGAAGGAUUGUCAAAUGGACAUAAAAGAAGAAACUGAGUUAGCAAAACGAAUUAGAAGAGAUUUUCAACCAUUCGAUUUAGAUACUUAAAUGUUUAUACACAUUGGAUUAACUAGUGCUGUAAUAUAUGUA